GAAUUGAACUGGCGGGAGUUGGAAGGAGCUGGUUCUCGCAGCUGAGCUGGGGGCACUUCGCGGCCUCGGCAGGGCCGGGGGCCCAGUGUCCCCCAAGAGUCGGAGGUAGUAGGAAGGGGCUGCCUCCCGUCCUCCUUCGGCGGCUGCAGCCAUGGAGGACUCGACGGGGAAAGUGCUCAGCUGUGAGGAGAAGGAGAAGUUGAAGGAAAAGCUGGCAUUCUUAAAAAGAGAGUACAGCAAGACAUUGGCUCGAUUGCAGCGGGCUCAAAGAGCUGAGAAGGCAAAAAAUUCUUCAAAGAUUGAACAGAAUUGCAUGCUUAAACAGGAUUCCUCAAAACAAGCAAACUCAGAGCCAGAAGAUAAAUUCUCUCCUGAUGAUAAAUUAGAAACAGAUACACUACAAAUCGAUGCCUGUCUUGAUGCAGAAAUCAAGGAGAAAACCACAGUCACACUUGACUUUGAGUCUGAGUUAUUGAGCACUGGCAAUGACUCAUCAGGAAUAUGUCCUGAACAUGUAGGUGAUAACUGCCAGAAGAAUUUUUUUAAUAACAUUACUGAACCAGAUAAUGAGAAAAAGCAAAAUAAACAACCACUGAAUAGAAUGAAGAACCGAAAAAAGAUACUGGUAACAAAAGGAAAUGAAUCUUUCUUUGGCUCUAAUUCACUUAUAAAUUCUGGACACAGACAACAAAAACAAAGAUCUGCUAUAGAAAAUCCUGAGUUGCCUGUGUUUCAGAUAAGAAAUCAGUUUUCAUGUGAUAAGAAUGAGAUUCAGAAUUCUCCAAGACCAAUCACAAAAAUCAGGGAAUGUCUUGUUGCUGCAGCUACUGAACUUGAAAAUGAUGCCAGUGGAAUUUUGAAAGAUCUUCCUCAGAUAGCUGCUCUUUCUUUACAUAAUCCUUUGGAUGACAGUAACAUUCAGCAGCUUGGGUGUUUUCCUCCUGAAAAAAUCUGUGAUAACUAUAAACUGACUACUCAGUGUUCAAUGAACCUUCCUCAUACUUCACCUGAAAAAUUAGAGGAAGGAAAACAAGAAUGUGUUAUCUCUCCAGGUGACCUAAUGGUAAAUGAUGAUAUCAAUGUGGAUAAGAUGUCAAACAUUCUCAUCUUGCCAUCAGAUGGCAAAUCAUUUUCUGCAGAUGAGCUUAAUUAUUCAUUAUGCAAAAAUACACAUAUGGAUGAACAGAAUCAUAGCUUGAAGCCUUUAGAAUCUUUUAGUAACUUACUUGAUAGUAGAAAUGAAAAUCUUCAAAAGAAAGAGGUCCUCAGUGAGAAUGUGAGUCCUUCCAUAGAAAUGAUCUCUCCUGGUCCUUCAGAAAAUCCUUUAAAUUCUUGUACAGUGUUUGAUGGUCUUCCUUUUCCUGUGGAGUAUUAUGUUAGGACAACACGACAAAUGUCAAAUUGUCAGAGGAUGAUAAACCUGGAAGCUGUAAUUCAGAAUCAAUUAGGUGUAAAAAGAAAAGGAUUUAAGCAUAAAUGUAAACCUGUUAUGAAAAAUUUGGAUCUGUCCUCCCAAGAGCAAAGUGAAUUUCCAUUAUUUGACCAAGGGAAUUCAAGUAGUCCUUUACAAAAGUCUUUCUCAUCAACUCCUGAAGGCAGCCCUAAUGCUUUGCCUAAAAAAGACAAUGAUUUUGCUUUGAACACUUGUAAAAGACGAUCAAGUAGAAGACAGAGAGGGAAAAGAUUCUUUUGCAAAAAAGUAGAUGAUCCAGACUCUGAACUGCAAGUUGCUGAUAAGCUGAGUAUUAAAAAUUCCAAGGAAGAUGUUGCUUUGUGCAAAGAGAUUCCAAAGAAAAAAGAACAUGUUCAGGGUCAAAAAAAAGUCACAGGCAGAUCAAGGUGUACCCUUGUUAAUGUUGACAAAAAAGCAUCCACAUCAAUAACACAAGGGAAACUAGAUUAUAUUCAAAAUAAGAACCUUCAUUCUUCUAUUGGUAAUGACUCCUUGAUUUUGGAUGAUACCAGUUUUGAUCUUUCAUUUCAUCUUAAGAAUGAGAUACUUAGUUUUGAGAAGUUGUCGGCAGGAAGCAACAGCAUCACUGACUUUGAUUUGCCUGAUGAGGAGUUUGGUUUUCUUAAACUUGAGAAAUUAAAGUCUUACUCAGCAAAAGAAAUGAAACCCUUUGAAUCAGGAGAUGGAAAAAAGUGUAAUGAAGAUAACUGUGUUUCUUUGAAGCAACUGGUGCCUAAAAAAGACAUUACAGAAAAGGAGAAUUUAGCGAAUGAUAUUACUGUAACAAGAAACUCACAUCCAAAAAAACCAGAGUGUAUUCCUCCAAAUAUGUUACUUUUCACACCUUCUAGUACUAACCUGCCUGCCACAAAUAACCAGGUUGAAGCAGAUAUAUGUUCUCCUGUUUUCCCUAUCCUCGGUCCUACUCCAGUUUUUGGCUCCCAAAUUCACAGUGGAAAUAUGGCUACAGAAAUUACUGGACCUACUUUUUGUACACCUAAACAUAUUUGCUUGAAAGAACCAGACAGUCUUACUGGAAAUAAUCAGUGUAAUAAUUCACCUAAUAUGUUGAAAUUGGAUGCUAACAUACAUUCAUUCGACAGGGAAGUAAAAAAACAGCCUGACCAAAUAGUAUCUUGUGAAAAGAAAUUUGAUAGUGACUGUAAUCCUCAAGAAACUCUUCCAUCUGUUGAUUCAAUCACUUUCAAAGAAAAACUAUUAUUGGAAAGCACUUUCCAGACUAAGGUAAGAGGAGAUCCUGUUGAAAUUUGGCAUGAUAGUUUGGAACUGAGCAACCUACAGCUGGUAUCAAAGUUAAAGAAUCCUUCAAAUUCCUGUUCUGUGGAUGUGAGUACUGUGUGGUGGGAAGUAACUGGCUGUAAGGAAUCAUGUAUCAUAACUGCCUGUGAAUUUACAGUUUCUCUCUGGAAAUCUCUGGAUGACUGGCAGUGGAGAAAAGUUCACACAUGGCACUUCACAGAGAUUCCAGUACUACAAAUUAUUCCACUUUGGGAUGCUUGUAAUCUUGUGUGUAUUGCUUUGGGACAUCUAGAAAUUAGAGAAAUCAGAUUAUUAUUUUCUUCUGGUGAGGAUGAAUGCUUAAAGCAGUCACUUGUAAAAUCUGGAAAUAUAAAAGCAGUGCUUGGACUUAGACACAAAAGACUAGUCUGUAGCAAUGGGACCCUUCAUGAUCACCAAGUAGACCUCAUGACCUUUUCAGGAUCUGGAAGAAGUAAAGAAAAACAAACUUUGAUGUCUCCAGAAGAAACCAUCUUGGCUUUUGCUGAAGUUCAAGGAAUGCAAGAUGCUUUGCUUGGCACAACCCUGAUGAGCAAUAUUGUUAUCUGGAACUUAAAAACUGGUCAACUUCUGAAAAAGAUGCAAAUUGGUACUGCCUACCAAGCUUCAAUAUGUCACAAAGCCUAUUCUGAUAUGGGGCUCCUGUUUGUUGUUUUAAGUCAUCCUCAUGGCAAAGAAAUUGAAUCAAUGGGAAGUCCUAUAUUUCGGUUGAUUGUGAUUAAUCCUAAAACGGCUCUAAGUGUUGAUGUAAGGCCCUACUCACUUCCCCAAGGCCAUACUGGAAGGUUUCUGGAUGGGGACGUGAAGGAUAAUUUAGCAGCAGCUGUAUUAACUUCUGGAACAAUAGCUGUUUGGGACUUGUUUCUAGGACAUUGUAGAGCUCUGCUUUUGCCCAAUUCUGAUGGAAAUUGGUCUUUUGUUAAAUGGUCAGGAUUCAUGAAUUCUUUCCCAUUGGACCUGCAACGACCAGAAGGGGAUUCCCACACCUCAACUUUCUGCACUGCCACUAACCACAUCAAGACCAUUAAAAAAUCAGAGGCAAAGAAACUGGAAAUUGAGUAGAUGCCCAUCAGUUGGAGAAUGGCUGAAUAAAUUGUGGUAUAUGAAUAAUAUGGAAUAUUAUUGUUCGGUAAGAAACGACCAACAGCAUGAUUUCAGAAAGGCCUGGAGAGACUUACAUGAACUGAUGCUGAGUGAAAUGAGCAGGACCAGGACAUCAUUAUAUACUUCAACAACAAUACUGUAUGAUGAUCAAUUCUGAUGGACCUGGCCAUCUUCAGCAAUAAGAUGAACCAAAUCAGUUCUAAUGGAGCAAUAAUGAACUGAAUCAGCUACACCCAGCGAAAGAACUCUGGGAGAUGACUAAGAACCAUUACAUCGAAUUCCCAAUCCCUAUAUUUUUGCUUGCCUGCAUUUUUGAUUUCCUUCACAGGCUAAUUGUACAAUAUUUUGGAGUCCGACUCUCUUUGUACAGCAAAAUAAUGGUUUGGACAUGUGUACUUAUUUUAUAUUUAAUUUAUACUCUAAUAUAUUUAACAUGUAUUGGUCAUCCUGCUUCUAGGGGAGGAGGUGGGGGGAAGGAAGGGAAAAAUUGGAACAAAAGGUUUGGCAGUUGUCAAUGCUAUAAAAUUACCCAUGCAUAUAACUUGUAAAUAAAAAACUAUUUUAAAAAAAUCAGAGGCAAAUUAGAUUUAUAUUUUUCACAGCUAUGGGUAAGAAGGUAAAUAAACAAGAUAUGAGUGUAAUUAUAAAAGUAAAAAGAGAUAACUACUUGAAACUGAAAAGUUUUAACACAAAUUUAAUGAAUCUAGUACAAAAAAAUUUUUUUUUAAUUCUCACGGGGGAAAAAAAUCUUUAUAUCAGAGUAUCUAGCAUUUAUAAAUAAUUACAGCCAAAAGCCAUUUCCCAGUAGAGUCAAAGUUUAUGAACACAGUUCUCAAAACAAUUGCAAGCUGUUAACACUAUAUGAAAAAAUGUUCUAAGUCACUAAUAAGAGAAACAUACACCAAAGCAAUCUGUAGAUUUCACUUCAUGCACAGCAAAUUUGCAAAGUUGACAAAAGAUAAGCACAUUGCAGGGAUAUGCAGGGAUUGUGGGAAGAUUGGCACAAUAAUACAUUAUUGGUAGAACUGUGAGUCAAUACAACCAUUCUAGAAAGCAGUUUGGAAUUAAGAAAUUAAAAUACUCAAAUAUCUAUACCCAAUGUCCAUUACCAAGUUUGCCCCUCUAAGGAGGCCAUUCAUUGCAAAGUCUCAAAUAUGUACCAAAAUAUUUAUAACAACACCUUUGUGAUAGUCAAGAAUUAGAAACAAAAUAAAUUCUCACCUGUUGUGAAAUGGCUAAAUAAAAUGUGGCACAUGAAUAUAAUGGAAUGUUACUUGUUGUAGCAAAUGAUAAAUAUUUUUUAAAAAUGAAAUAAUAUGAUAAAUACAUGGAACUGUGGGAAAAAUUACCUUAUCUGAUACAGAGUGAAGUUAACAGCCAAGGAAAUAUGUAUGACU